AUGGCCAAUUUAGCCAAAGCUUGCAAUCAUACUAUCGACAACUCCAUCUUGGAUCAACAACAAGAAGCCAAAUGGUCACAACCUUUCUACUUUAUUUUUGGUGCUGAUCCACAACUGGGUAUCGUUACACAAGAUGUAACAUGGCAAGAUGAAAUUCAAUAUGUUCAAAGAGCCGUUGAUGAAGUCAAUAAAAUGCAACCACCGCCUCGAUUUUUCAUGGUCGGUGGCGAUCUCGUUAAUUCACCCCCUUCCAAACCAACACAUCGCCAACAGGUUGAAGAUUUCAAGAAAGCAUUUGCUCAAUUAAAUCAUCAAAUUCCGUUAAUGUGCUUACCAGGCAAUCAUGAUAUUGGCGAUACACCCACGCCCGACGAUAUUGCGACCUAUCGUCAAGAUUUUGGAGAUGACUGGUAUUCAUUUUGGUGCGGUGGAGUUUAUUUUAUCGUCUUAAAUUCUCAAUAUUAUUAUGAUGGCUCUAAUUUACAAGAUAUCAAGAAAGAGCAACAUCAAUGGCUAGAAGAUCAUCUCGUCGAGGCUCAACUCGCUCAUGCCAAACACAUUGUUCUUUUCCAGCAUAUUCCAUUAUGUUUACAAGGUAUCGACGAAGAAGAUACCUAUUUUAUCAUUCCUAAAAAGGAACGAUUACCGCUCUUCUCCGCUUUGAAGUAUCACGGAGUUGUAUCUGUUUUUACUGGGCAUCGUCAUGCUAAUGCAGACGUUAAAGUAGAUGGUAUCCAAUUGACGACAGCAUCUUCGAUGUCAUUUCAACUUGGUAAUGAAAAAAAUGGUAUCACAGUUGUCAAAGUUGACGACAAGGCAAUUACAUCGAAAUAUUAUCAAUACGACGAUUUACCGACAAAGAUUACAUUUGAUUAA